AUGGUUGAUAUUUUUGUUUAUUUUAUUUUUAUUUUCAUAACAACAACUAAUGGAUUUCUAUUUGAUGCUAACAAAGGUCUAAUUCUUUUACCAUCAGUUGCUUUUCGAGAUCACUCAAAAAAUCCAUCAAUAAAUUGGAUUUUUUCUAAUCAAGGAUGGUAUUAUCAAGAAGACAUUUUGAAAGCCGAAGUAAUGAAAACAACAUUACGCAUAGCUAUUGGACCAAAUAUAAACAUGAAUCGUGUUAAAUUAUUUACAGCUGAAGGGCAGGAACAUGAAACUGUAUGUAUUGAUAAUUUCAAUCAACGUAUCUGUACACGUACCGAUGAUGAAGGUAGAAUUAAAUUUACAAUUCGAAUUGGUAAUAAUGAAAUUAAUCGAUUUAUUCAAUCUGAUGGUAAUGGUGCUAAAAUGGUUUAUCAAAUGUCAGUAUUAAACAACAAUAUUCAUGCAACUGGUGAAGUUUAUUUAUGUGAUGAUAAUGGUAUAACUUUUCUAAGCGAUAUUGAUGAUACAAUAAAAUUUACAGGUGUUUCAUCAUCAACAGAAAUACUUCGGAAUACUUUCUCUCGCGAUUUUAAACCUAUUUCUGGUAUGCCCGAUAUAUAUCGAUAUUGGCAAAACAAAUAUAAAGCAACAUUUGCAUAUAUAACAGAGUCACCGGAUCAGCUUUAUCCAUUUUUACGUGAAUUUUUUAAUCGUGCAAACUUUCCAUUAGGUUCAUUUCAUAUGCGUCAUUUUACAUGGUUUGAUAAGAAUUUUAUUGCAUUCUUCAUGUCUAAUAAUUAUGUUACACAUAAAACUCAAACCAUAUCAAUGUUUUUAAAUAAUACAUCAAAGCGUAGAUUUAUUUUACUUGGUGAUAUAUUUCAAAAAGAUCCUGAGAUAUAUGCAAGUCUUUAUAUGAAAUAUCCUAAUAGAAUAGCAAAGAUCUUUAUUCGAAAAUAUAAAAAUGAUAUCAAUGGUCAAAAACGUUUAGAACGAGUAUUCAAUAAUAUACCUCGAAAAAAAUGGGCAACAUUUGAAACAGGCAGCGAUUUACCAAAGGAUAUUUUUGUUCCUUAA